GGUAUAAAAGCCCCAAAUUUCUGCGCCUCGCGAGGAAUCAACGUUCACAGAGAGAGAGAGCGAGAGGGCGAAGAAGCUCCACAGCCCAAACCCGAUAAACUCUUCCGCAGCGUCGCCCCAAUCCCUAUCGAGUAGAUGGCGACGUUUGAGCUGUACAGGAGGUCGACAAUCGGAAUGUGUUUAACGGAGACUUUGGACGAGAUGGUUCAGAGCGGGACUCUCAGUCCAGACCUCGCUAUUCAAGUUCUUACUCAGUUCGACAAGUCGAUGACUGAAGCCCUUGAAAACCAAGUGAAGAGCAAGGUCACCAUCAAGGGACAUUUGCACACCUAUAGAUUCUGCGACAAUGUUUGGACCUUCAUCUUACAGGAUGCUGUGUUCAAGAACGAGGAUAACCAGGAAAAUGUUGGCCGUGUUAAAAUAGUGGCAUGUGACUCAAAACUGCUGACACAAUGAGAUGCCAAACUGACGGUGGUAACGUUAAAUAAGAAUUUAGUAAUCUGUUGCUAUGGAGGGUGAGGAAAAUGUAGCGGUUAAUCCGGUUAUCUGCAGGAACUGGAACCUAUAGGAGAUUGAACAUAAAUUGUAAUAUCCCUCCAUUUUGACAACUAUCCUUAUUUAUGGUUACACUGAGGAUGUUGUGUGCUUGCUCAUA